GGAAGCACAGAUGGCCCUCAGUGGGGCAACCCCUGCUUGUGCUAAGGUCCUGUCUGGGGGCUCCACUGGGCCGGGACACCCGCAUCUGUGUGUGCCGGCUGUGCCGUGGGCAGCUGCACGCUGAAGGAUCUGGCUGGGGCAUGGAGAGCACUGGGAGGGCCGGGAUGUGGGGCUGGUGCUGUGUGGAGAGCAGCCCCGGCUGUUAGCCAUUCCCAGGGGGUGUUCCGGGCACCCAUCCAGCCCUCUCAUCUGCUCCUUGCAUUAAGAGAAAUGUCAUUAACUGAUACCUAAGACCACAGAUGGUUGGGUUUUUUUUACCCAACCUUUUACUGUCUAAAAUUAAAAAGGCACUUUUCCCCAGCGCAGCGUGCCAGCAGGGUGCUGUGGGGUACGAGGAUGGCCCACAGUGGCACGAGGAGUGAUGCACUGAGUCUGUGUCCCCCAAACACAGUGGAUGGCAUGAGGGUGGCGAGAGGGGGACAAACCUGUGCUUAGGAGAUGUGUGUCCGCCCAGAGGUGCUUGCAUUUCAGCCCCCUGGCACUGCAGGGAUGGCUGUGUUCCGUGGAUGGACAGCUCAGCUCACGGCACCACAAGGCGCCGCGCUGCAGCCGCUGGUGAGGGUCGGCUCCGGGCGGAGGAAACGAUGCCAGCGUUCAUAAAGCAGCUGCACAUCCACAGGCUUUUAGCGAAGAAGUCAUGAAUAAUUGAGCUCCUGUUAGCUAGGAAGAAAAUACCCUAAUAGGACUAAUGGAGCGCCGCUCAAAAACUUGACUCUGGGGGGACUUGUGUUCACCAAUUGCUUCGGAUGCUGUGCGCCGACACUCCCCUCCAUGAAAAAAACCACAGCUGUGCCUCCCUUAUAGCUGUCUGAGGGAACCCUAACAGCCAGAGCUUUCCUUUUUAAUGAGCAGGAACCCCAGAAGCCGGGUGAGUCCGAGGCGCCAGGGCGGCACUCAGGGCUGUGAGUGGGGGCUGCGUUCCCUGCUGGGGGCUGCAAUGUAACACUGAGCUGCUCGGCUGGGGAGGGCUUUGUUUGGGCUUCUUGUUAUUGCAGUUGUUGCAGGCUGUGACACCCCGGGCUGUGGGUUGGGACAGAGGCAUCGCAUUGCACCUCAUCCUCCAUGCGGCGCUGGGGCCCCGUGGGCUGGGAUGGGGACACGGGGUGAUGGCAGCACACAGAGCCCAGGAUGGGUGCUUCCCACCGUGGCACAUCACUGCCCGGCUUCGGCAGCUUCUCCAGCCCUGGGCUGAGCCGUUGCUUCUCGCUCUUCAGUUUGCAGAAAGUUUGUGCUAAUAAGCUGCCUGUGGGUGCGCCUGGUGCUCUCCCCGCUGCAUGGCGUUGUUGCUCAGCCAAAAAUCACAGAGGUGUCAGUGCAGGGCACGCCAUUAAUUACCGCCUCGCUGCUCCGAUCGUCCCCCUCCGACUCCAAGCGCCGCUUUAAUUUAAUUGCAGUGAGAUGAAGGCAGAGAAGCAGCGCUUUGCACUCCUCCAGCUGCACAGUGAGGGGCAGCCAGUGGGGUUGUGUGUGAGAUCCGUCAGCCACGGAGAAGGGCUCAGUGCUGGCACUGCAGAUCUGGGGGUGCCAGAGGUCGGGGGGGUUUGCUUUCUGCCCUAUGGCCCCGCUGCAGAAAUGUGGGGGCACCCAGGGAGUGCUGUGCUGCAGUGGGCGCUUUGUGGCUUGGACCUCAGGUAGGGGAUCCUCUUUUUGCAUUUCCCUGCACUUUAGGAACAUGCUGGGUUGCUUUCCUGCACACGAGGAGCUCCAGAGCAUUUUCAAAAAGCGCUGUUUAUCGCAGGAGCUCCCUGGGGUUUUUGGUAAUUCCUUGCAAGCUAAAGCUCUUUUUUUCCCAUUCUUGCUUUUUUCUUGGGGUCAUACUUGAGUACAAAAGCGCACUUUGCACCAUAGAACUUCUGUAAAACUAAACUUCAUGGGAAAAAGAAAGAAUGCCCCAUGGCAGUGGGGUGCAGGCAGGCUCUGCUCCGCGCCCAUCACCAAUACGGGGCUGCAUGGGGCUGCCAGGCGCCGGCUGCUCUGUGCAGGCACUGAGUGCAGUGGGAGUCCCAGGGAGAGCAACAAGGGAAAAUCAGUGCCACCUCUUCGGUGCCGCUGCGGUGAGGUCGCGGUGCACUGUCAGUGCUGCGGUGUUGGCUGGUGGCACGGACUGCAGCACCCUGACGCGGGCACCCACGCGCCCACCACUGCCAGGGCGCAUCCCCGUGGGUCCCCAUGUAACUGGCACGUGGCACAUGGCAACGACCAAGGCAGGAGGCACCGGAGCCUCACACCUACGCCCGUGCCGUGUGCCACCUUCCCUUCCCCGCUGCUGCGCCGCAUGUCCCAUUCCUUUGGCACCCUGGCUUUCCCGCUUCAGCCGGUUGUUGUGCUACCUAUGGCCGGGUCCUCUUGCCAUCUCCAUGCCACGCACAGCGCUGUGGGGUCCGGGGACAACCGAGUGUCCCCACCGCCCGCUGAGCUCCGCCGCCCGCCCCGCAGCCCCCGCGCUCAGGCAGCAGAAUGCUGUCCAUGACGUACAGCGAGAGCCUGCGCAGCGUGGCCAGCCGGCACCACGCCGACUGGGGGCUGCAGCCGCCGCGCCGGGCGGAUGCUCUGGAGCUGCGGCGGCUGCGGGACGUGCGUGCAGCAGCACAGGCCAAGACGUUGGAGGAGUUCCUGCGGACACACGGGCUCUCGCUGGACGGCUGCACGGCGCGUGUCACAGGCAUGAAGUACAGAAAUCUGGGCAAGUCUGGGCUGCGUGUAUCCUGCCUCGGCCUGGGGACAUGGGUGACAUUCGGAGGACAGAUCACAGACGAGAUGGCCGAGCAGCUGAUGACUUUAGCGUACGACAACGGCAUUAAUCUGUUCGACACGGCAGAAGUCUACGCUGCUGGCAAGGCCGAGGUUGUGCUGGGAAACAUCAUCAAAAAGAAGGGCUGGAGGCGAUCCAGCCUGGUCAUCACCACCAAGAUCUUCUGGGGAGGAAAAGCAGAGACGGAGCGGGGACUGUCCCGAAAGCACAUCAUUGAAGGUCUGAAGGCAUCGCUGGAGCGGCUGCAGCUGGACUACGUGGACGUGGUGUUUGCCAACCGGCCCGACCCCAACACACCCAUGGAAGAGACGGUGCGCGCCAUGACCCACGUCAUCAACCAGGGGAUGGCCAUGUACUGGGGCACGUCACGCUGGAGCUCCAUGGAGAUCAUGGAGGCGUACUCAGUGGCACGGCAGUUCAACCUGAUCCCGCCGAUCUGCGAGCAGGCUGAGUACCACAUGUUCCAGCGGGAGAAGGUGGAGGUGCAGCUGCCUGAGCUCUUUCACAAGAUAGGUGUCGGUGCCAUGACCUGGUCACCGCUGGCGUGCGGCAUCGUCUCAGGGAAGUAUGACGGUGGCAUUCCUCCGUACUCAAGAGCAUCACUGAAGGGGUACCAGUGGCUGAAGGACAAGAUCCUGAGCGAGGAGGGCCGGCGGCAGCAGGCUAAGCUGAAGGAGCUGCAAGCCAUCGCCGAGCGCCUGGGCUGCACGCUGCCACAGCUCGCUAUUGCAUGGUGCCUGCGCAACGAGGGCGUCAGCUCCGUGCUGCUGGGAGCCUCCAACGCCGACCAGCUGAUGGAGAACAUCGGAGCCAUACAGGUCCUUCCCAAGCUGUCGUCUUCCAUUGUCCAUGAGAUCGACAGCAUCCUGGGCAACAAACCCUACAGCAAGAAGGACUACCGCUCCUAGGCGCGCCCGGCACGCCGCCCCGCUGCCCGAUCGCUUGCUUAUGCUUGGAUGAAGCAAAGUGGAGAGCGCGGCCCGCAUCAAGAACAGCACGCCAAGAGUGUAGAGAAACCGUUCCAAACGUCGCUGCAAGAGAACAUAACGCUUACUACAUAACAUUUAAUUUGAAUGCAAGAAAGCCACCGCCGGGGAGAGUGCUGGGGCAGUGCACACCCCACGCCUGGACUCGAAGCCGCAGGGCACGCGGCCAGGCUCUGUGCUGUGCUGCUGGGGGCUGUCCUGGCACCGUGCGGAGGACUCAGCCGGUGGGGGCCAUCCUGGGCGGCGGCUGCAGCCGUUGCAUGCGUCUCCCUGCUGCUUCUCUUCUUUACUUUGUGUUUCCGGACAAGGAGGCCGUCGGGUGCAGGUGUGCUCAGAGCACCACGGAAGCAUUGCGUGGGCAGGGCUGGAUGCUGGCCCGGAUCAGCGCUGUAAGAGGCUGCUGUGCAACACCAACAACAAAACCACCACCACCUCUCCUUCCAGCACUCUGCUCUGCAGCCCCAGCACAGUGCAUCUGUGCCCUUGCCUGGGAUGGGCGUGAGGGAGGAGAAGAUGGGUGGGCAACAGGAACCCUGGGAGGGGGGACUCCACACAGCCCAUCCCCAGGCAGCACCUGUUGUCCCUUCCCCUGCGCAGGGGAAACAACAAACACUGCUGCAUGGAGGUGGGGAGGUAGAGCAGUGAAUGUGUGUGUGCGCACAGGGAUGGAGAAGGGAGCGCUGCAAUUUUUAUAUAUCUGCACAAACCAUGCAGAAAUACACAUAAGCAGGUAUAUAGAAUUGUAUAUCUACGUGCAUCUGUAGGCAAUUUACAGAUGUGUCACUGUGUAUACAUGCACACACUGCAAGCACACAUACAUACCUGUAUACACAGAGAUAGCUGUGCGCCCACCCACGUGCGGGAUGGCACCGAGCACCACUUCACCUGGUGCCACUGCCCAGGGCCGUGGGCUCGAAGGAGGGGCAGCAGGGGGAGUCCAGGCAGGGGCUGGCUCCUCCCCAAGCACUGUGCUCACUUCCCACCCUGAUCCCAGGGGUGGAAGAGCAGAGCUCCCCUCAUUGCCAGCACAAUAAUGACGCUGCUCCCACCUCCUUUUUACAGGAUUUAUUAAAACACAGAGAACAUGAACCAAAACACACAGAGUACAAAGUAAAUGUGAGUGUGUUGGUUACAGGUGCCAUAAACCUCCUACGAAAGGUCACCACGGUGCAGUCAGUAUCACAAAAUAGCAGCCCACCAGGCACAAAGGCAGCAGUGCGGCCACCCUCUGCUCUGCUGCAGCAGCCCCCACAACCCCCCCAGCUCCAGGCAGCUUGCGGCCACAGAGAGGACAGGAAGGAAGAAGCAGGGGGAGUGCAGGGCGGCCGGCACGGCACAGCACAGCCCUGCCCAACCGUGCUCUCCCUCCUGCAGCAUGGCGAGGGCAGGUUGCAGGCAGAGGGACCACAAGGCAGGGCUCACUGCAGCCCAGGGAUGGGCUGGGAGUGGUGGCAGCUGACUCCUCUCCUCCUCCUCCUCCUCCUCUCUGCUCUCUGUGCUGCAGCAGGGCGGCGGUGGGCAUGCGCUUGCUCAAACACAAAAAGGACAUAAAAAUAGAACUUACAGGGAAGCUACCGAACAGGAGUAAGCUUGGCGCCUAAUGGUCAGCGUGGAACUGGACUAGAAACAGAGCUUCCAACAGGUCUCCCUUUAACUCUGAUACAUGUCAAUAAAAACAGACAUAAA